AGGGAGGGGGAGGGGGAGAGAAGUACACAACGCAUAUGUGAAUAGUGGAGGUUAGAAUUGAAGUGGAAGCUGAAAUCAAUUAUUUAUAAAGAGGAAGACAGAUUGAGAAGAAAAAAGCAACAGGACUACAAACUGUUAAACUAGUAAGAUAGUGUCAACUAGCCUAGGUGGGCUUGAAGGCACGAUAAAUAAAUAAGAAAAAAAGUAUCCGGUACUCAUUCGGUACACACCGGCGAAUUACCGCAAAUGCAGUUUGCAACGCGAGCUUCUCUCGUAGGAGUGCUAAUGCUUUUUUGUUUAGUACGUGGUAUCCGUACGCAGCUUCAUCGAAACAUGUCAAGUCUUGCCGGACAACAUUCCGUGGCGUAUGUCACGGUACCGGACGAUGCAGUGGCGAAAAAGAUAGCGCGCGGCCUGGUGGAGAACAAGCUCGCCGCCUGCGUCAACAUCAUUCCACAGCUUACAUCUAUAUACGAAUGGAAGGGAAGCAUACAAGAGGAUCCUGAAUUACUAUUGAUGAUAAAAACCAGGACCGAGGCAAUAGAUGCCUUAACGAAAUAUGUGAAAGAGAAUCAUCCAUACACUGUUUGUGAAGUAAUUUCCCUGCCCAUACAAAAUGGAAACAUCGAUUAUCUAAACUGGAUUAAUGAAGUAGUACCUUCACGUGAUACCCAAAAGGAUCAGAAUGCUAAGUAAACAUAAGCGGAUAAUUUCUUGAUUAUACUCUGUAUAAUCAUUUCCUUGCAGUAAUAAUAUGCAAUUCUACAGUAAAUAUAAAAAACGGUCUUUAUCGAUAUAAAAUAAUAUAUAUGGUUAGGAGUACAUGAUUACAUAGAUAUGCAGAACGGUAUAUGGAACAAGUUUCCCAUAAAAAAAUGUGGGUUUUUCCUCCUAGAAAAUACUGACGAUCAUACAUUUAUGCUAAAUAAUAAUGUUCAAUCGUUCAAACAUUAUUCGACCAUGUCUACCAUAUGCACAUUAGUAAGGCCGGAGACACAAUGGUAGGCAACAGGCAACAGGAACAGGAAAUAACCAAUCGCGUUGCUCGAUUUGGUCAUCUGUACUCUUUCCUGUUAGCAGUGUGUAAUAGGCUUAACAUGUUACCUACGAAACUGUUUAUUUCCUAAGGCACACAUUUUUCAGCAGUCUGAAUGUAUGAAUAGACUGUUCAACACGUGUUUUUGUUCCCAAAUUCUUACAUUACCGGUUAUCAGAAGGUAUCUCGUGCCUCGAUAGGAUAACAACCCGGCUUCAACUACUUUAAAUGCAGCAAAUUAUUAAGAUGCGAUUAUAUAAGUGUGUAAUAUAAAUCUAAAAUCAUAUUUUGAAAUCUAGCCUCAAUAUUUGAUUUGUUGAUCUUUCUUGACAACUAUCGAAAUGUUUCCGUAACUUUUUAUGCAAUAAAGUAACAUACCUAAACAA